GAGCCGCUUCUGGCUCCGGGCGCCGGGCGCCGGGCCCCCGGGGGCAGCAUGGGCGGCAAGGGCAAGGGCAGAGGCGGGCCGCCGCCGCCGCCGCCCCCGGCGGCCCCCUCGGGCGGGGAGGCUCCCUGGCAGCAGCAGAAGCGGGAGCGGACGGAGCGCGAGAGGCGCGAUGCCCUGGAGGCCAUCGCGCGCGCCAAGGAGCUCGAGGCCAGGAAGCGCGACCUGGAGUCCCGGCUGCCGGCGCUGCGGGGUCACGACAUAGCCUCGGUGCCCUGGGACUCGGCGCUCCUCGGCACGCAUCUGUGUGGCGGCAAGGGCGCCGACGGUCUAAACGGCUUAUCAGUUGGCGGGGCUGGCGGUGUCGACGUCGUGGAGCUGGCCGGUGGUACCGCGGUCUGCGUUAGGAGUGGCCCUUCAGUUGUUACGGAGAUCAUUGCUGAUGCUUUGGCGGCAGCACUGGGCGUCCGCGUGGCUCGCAUGCGACUGGUGCUCGCAGGAAGCGAAGAGUGCCGCGCAAUCCAUGAGGCCUCCAAGCGCUGGCGAAGUGCAGGCAUCGAGCAGGAAAUGGCCCAGAUCGAGCAGAAGUUGGAUACCGUGGACGCCGAGGCUGCGGCGCGCCUGAGGGGCGAUGCUCCAGCCCGCCACGUGCGCCGUGCUCGAGUUCGUGCCCGGCGCCUCGCUGGACACCGCGGCGGCGGCGCUGCGCGCCCCCUCGCCGGCCCUGCUCGCGGGCCUGGGCCACCUCUGCGCCCUGGACCUGCUCCUCAACAACAUUCAAUCAUCGAACUAUGGACCGCCUCCCGCUUCCCUGCUGGGGCACCGCCGGUAACCUCACCAACGCCAUCGUCACAGCUGCCGGUGAUCUUGCCUCCUAAAGCAGGUGAAUCGCAUCAAGCCCGGGCCUGACCUGGACGACUACCUCGGCAAGGUCCGGCUCCUGUCCGCCCAGGUCCUGCAGGGUGGCGCGCCCGAGGCCGCCACGAGCAUCCGCACCGCCAUCAGGAC